GCGGGAGCGGGAUGAGCGUCAGGCUCCGCCUGGGCGGCGCGCGCUGCCGCCGAUCUAGGCGGCAGCUAGGCCUGCCGCGCGUGUCCUGUGCGCGGCCGCGCGCGGGGCAGCUUUUAACGCGCGCCGCGGCAGCACCGCGCUGCAACUGCGCUGCAGGCAGGCGGCGGCCGCAGAGGCAGCGAGCUGGAGGCCAGAGCACCAGAGCGCAGAGCUCCUGUGCCUCUGCCUACCCAAAGGCCAGAGGACGGCUGGCGAUCGAUCCCGGCCGCGCAGAGGAAUUUCUCAGAGCCGGCCGGUCCGGUCCGGUCCCCACGCGGCCGAUUCACAAUCUCCGUCUCGUCUCCCCUCCGUUCCUUUCUUGUUUCUCAUCUCCUUUCUCUCUCUCUCCUGCCUCUGCGGAGAAAAGAAAGCAAGGUAGAAAAGAACUGGAGAAAGUACUUCAAUAAGCAGCUCAGCCGUGUAGAGAGAGAAAGGGGGAGAGAGAUGAGUGAGGCUAGGCGAACGCAGCGACCUAUCGAGCUAGCUAGCUAGGGCGUAGGCUCUAGAGCCUAGGUCUUUUUGAGUGCUCCUGCAACUAGGCGAGAUUCUUUAUAGUGGAGGCGAGGCGAGGUAGGGAGAAAGGGAGCAGUGUAGCCUCUACCCGCAGUUGUGUAGAGCACCUUGCGUGUGUUCUUGCGCUUUCUAGCUUUAGGAAGCUCCCCCUUCCUUCCGCGUAGCCCACCCGAUCACUGUUCUUGAUCCUGUCUGCUCUGCUCACUGCUCAGUGCCCAGCUCCGCGCUCCACGACGAGUAAGCGUGGCGUCGUCGUCGGGGCGGCGCUUCCCGUCGGACACCACGGCGAUCGCCGGCUGGCUGCCGUCGCCCGCCGCCGCCGCCGGCCGCGGGGACGACCUCUCGCUGGGCUUCAAUGCCGGCGCCGUCUCCGCGGGGCCCGGCGCGUCGCUGGCGGCCGGGCUCUGGGGCCCCGCGGCGUCGCGCCAGGCCGCGGCCGCAGCCGCGGCCCUCGGCUACGGGGCGAUAGGCGCCGCCGGUGACGUCGGGAUGUUCGUCGUCGCGCCCGCGGGCUCGCUCCACCACCAGCGGGCGGCCGACGACCCCGUGUUCCCGCUUAUCGCCGCGGCGCAGCGGACCCUCGUCGACGCCGACGCCGGUUCAGGCAAGCCGCCCGCGUCGUCCGCUGCCGCCGCCAUCCAGUUCUGGCACCCGGAGCCGUCGCAGGCCGCGGCGGGGGCGGACGGAUCCCACGGCAAGAAGUCCCUCGCCAUGCUGGACCAGGGCCGCGGCGGGGCCGGCUCCGGCUCCGGGUCCGGCGCGGCGACGUGCCACGACUGCGGCAACCAGGCGAAGAAGGGGUGCGCGCACAACCGCUGCCGCACGUGCUGCAACAGCCGCGGCUUCGAGUGCGAGACCCACGUCAGGAGCACCUGGGUCCCCGCCGCCCGACGCCGGGAGCGCCUGCAGCUCGCCGGUGGCGGGGCCGGCGCGUCCCCUCCUCCCACCUCGCCCGCAGCGGCCAAGAAACCCCGCCUCGCGUGCCAGACCACGACGGCGACCACCAACUCCCGCACCUCCACCUCCAACGCCACCACGCCUCGCAGCUUCGACACCUCCUCGAGCCACCAAGACGCGUCGUUCAAGGACAACCUGCCGCGGCAGGUGCGGGGGCCGGCGGUGUUCAGGUGCGUGCGUGUGACGUCCGUCGACGACGGCGGCGGCGGCUGUGGCGGCACCGGCGAGGUCGCGUACCAGGCGGCGGUGACCAUCAACGGGCACCUGUUCAGGGGCCUCUUGUACGACCACGGCGCCGACACCGACGGCCGCGCCGCCGCCGCCGUGCAACUCGGCACCUCCGACCUUCACCUCGGCAGCGCCUCGGCCGCGGCCCCCAACCUGUACAGCGGCGCCAGCGCCCCGCUCAUCCUCGGCGGGCUGGGCUACGGCAACACGCCAUGAACUGAUGAUAAGCACGCAGCAACACACUGCGGGAUCGAGCAGCACAAGGGUAUCUAGUCAUGUUCUGUCGUUCGCUUUCUUUGUUUCAGCUCAUUUGUCAGUGCAAUCAGAAGCAGCAGUAGUAUACUGUAGCUCAGUUUCAUGUUACUGCCGAUGCUGCCAUGAACUCAUGACCGCAAGUCUUUGGUUGUUACCGGAAGCUGAAAGGAUUAGUUCAACA